UACUUCCUCCCUUUAGUUUUUUUCUCUUUAACUGCUUUUUUUAUAUAUAUUUAUGAUGUUACAAGAAUUGUCUGAUUUAGACUUUGACGCUUAUUUUGAGGUCGCAAACUCAAAUCAGCAAAAUAAUAAUCGUGAUAUACUUUAUCAUGAAGACCAACAACAAAAUAGACAACAACAGAGUAGGCAAGAAGAUCAAAAUGAAUCUAAUAGUUCAAUGCUACCCUCAAUAAGCUCGCCUACAAACAAUAAUAACAAUAGAUAUUAUUCAUCCCCACUACAACAUAACACACAACAACAGCAAUCCAACUUUCUAUUCAAUUGGGGAUUACAACAACAACAACAACAGCAGAGACAAACUCAUAUUUCUCCUUCUAGUUCACCAUUGUCCUCUUCAGAUGGGUACACUUCUCAUUCUUUAUCACCCCCUAUGAGUAGUCCUCCUUUAUACUCUAUUAAUGCCAUCAAGGAUGAAGCCAAUAAAGCCUUGGCGGGCUUCUUUUCAAACAAUAAAAAAUGUCUGUACACUCUAAACCACGAUGUACCUGGCAUCAACAUACCAACAACGCCCAUGAACGAUAUAUCUCCUCAGCAAGCCAUGUCCACAACCCAUACUGAAUUGCCUUCUCCACCAUUAGAUGUACCAGUGGCGAAUUUUUCAUCCAUGAAUCAGUGGUGUCAAUUUAAAAGUCCUGUUCAUCCGUUGGAUGAAGAUGAAGAUGACAAAGAUGAUAAACACUGGCGCAAGACAACCCGACAGGCUACCAUACGCACCAUUAGUGAUCCUAAUCUGAUCCAUGCUCCUGGAAAACAGCUCAAGAAGGUGGCCCACAACGCCAUCGAACGUAGAUACCGAAACAAUAUCAACGACCGUAUCCGUGAGCUCAAGAACGUUGUUCCUGCCCUCUACAAGGCACGCGUUAGUUCAGGGUCCGCUCAUCACCAUGACAAAGACGAUGACAACAGUUCAACCGAUUCCGAAACGGAAAUUGUCGAUGGCGUUGAAGUUGCCAAGAAACUGAACAAGGCUACUAUUCUGCGCAAGGCAACCGAGUAUAUCCAGUUCCUCAAAACGUCCAAUGAACGUGUGGACAAGGAAAACCUCAUCCUUCAGCAAAUUAUCGCUCAGAUGCCUGGUGGUCAAGAAGUUCUCUCACGGUUCCUCUAUCAGAAGAGUGAAUUUGAAAAGGCUGAAAACGAACGUCUGGCUCGUGAGCGUCGUGAGGCUCAGGAACGUGAGCGAAUCGAACGACAAAAAUUGCUCCGUGAACGUGCUGCUCAACGUGCCGCCUUAGCUCAGCUCUUGCCUAAACCGGAAAGAAGACCCUAUCGCCGUCGUCAGUCAAAAAAGACAUCGUCCAAGAAAUCUUCCUCUUCUGAAGACGAGACAAGUCCAAAUAACAAAGUAUUUAUGGCUGCCUUCAUGUGCCUCGCAUUCUUUACUGCGGCCCCUUCUUCCAGCCCAAUCCCUCAUGAGCCUCAAGGCGGUUUUACUGAUUUUGGCAACACAAGUACCAGUAGCACCUAUUACAGAACCUUGUAUAACGCCACCUUUUUGGAUAUUUGGCCAAUAGCUCGUUAUGCCAUCUAUACCUUUGGCUUAUUUUAUCUUUUGUUACUUCCUCUUGCUCUUCGCUGGCUGCGCCCCCGUCCUGUCAAGAGACCCAAGAAGUGUCUUGACCACUGUCAUUAUGCAAGUGAAGUGCCUACUGCCUGGAGCCGUCUGUACAUCAACCUAGUCCAACUUGUCGGCAAGUCUUCCCCAACAAUUAUUCUCAAACAUCGAAAUGAUCUCCACUCUAUCCUACUUACCCUCGUGGAUAUAACGCGUGACCUCGUCUAUCUUUUGGUACCUCAGUUCAUGCUCCAGUUUCUUCACAGAAACUCCAAGCCCUCGGGUUGCCCUGAGGAGCUCUCUCGUAUCGGAGCCUGGAUCCGUUUGAACGAAGUCGAGUGUCUUGGAGGUAAUCCCGAUAUCUCUCGUCUCAGCAUGCUUCACUCCUCUCUUGGUAUGCUCGCUCAACUUCACAAAAUGAAGCGUGACAAGGACUAUGUUACCUACUGUGGCCACAACACCAUUGCUCGUGUUCAUGCCAGCAUUGCCCUCCAGCUCGAACUCUGUCUUCCCCCCUGGAUUGCUUCCCACGUUGUCCCCGCACAGUGGCAAAAGGUCAUUGACUGCUUAAACAGCAAAAAUGAAGAUGAGGUCAUCACUCACCAGUUUCUCACAUCCGAAUGUCAUACCCAAAUCCUCCACAUGCUGAACGCCCGUAACGGAUUUAACCACGGUGCCUACCUCUUCCCCGAAGACCCCACACAGUCUGGUAGCGACAAUUGCCGCAACGUGUUCUACUCCUUUGUCCUUCCGUAUGUUACUUCUCCCUUAGACCUGGUUCUUUACUGGCAGCAGCUCGCCCGUCUAGAGAACUGCUGGUUUGACUACCUUGAUGGUGUCCGCCCCGUCUUUUCUGAAAAGCAGCUCAACCAGGUUCUUUCUGUAUCGGCCACGACGACAGCCCCUGGUCACAUGCUUCAGUGGUGGGUUCGUGUCGGUCUUGCCCUUGAAUCACUUACCAAGGCCCAACAAGAGAAUAUGGACAUCUUGGCUGAAUACACACGGGCGAAAGGAGCAGCCAUCAACAGCCACCCAUCAUCCAACCUGCUACGAAGACACCAGAGCAUGAUCUGCCAUUUACUCGAAGCCGCCUGCGCUCUCGUCCAAAACACUCGCCUUGAGCGUGUGCCUAUGUUACUUGAACAAGCCUCCAAGGAUCACUUUGCGUCAUCCGAGUGUAUUCGCCAGAUUGCUUCGACUGAUUCGAUGCCAUCCAGCAACUAUGAGGCUUCUGUCCUUGUUCUGUCUACUUUGGCUGUUCACUUACGUACCUUGAAGGCUCUUAUCAUUCAUCAAAGCUUAACCUCAAGACGCCAAUCGAUUUCGGCUCCACCUUCGUUCUCGGCUAGUCAAGCAUCUACAUAUAUUGCUCAGUUACGAGAUCAAGUACUUCAAGAUUUAGAUUCUCCUUAUGCCAAGUCCUUGGCUGGAAAGUGUAGAAAACAUAUCCAGUCUUAUAUUUAUCAAGCAGACGAUACUCUUAGUCUGUAAACCAUUCUUAUAUUUUAUAUAUAUUCACAUCUAUUUAUUUCCUUCCUUUUUCUCUCUUAUUGUAAUAUAUUCUUUUUUCUUCUUCUUCUUUGAUUAUAUGUAUUUUUUCUAUAAAUAUCAACCUCUGACAGUUUAUUAA